CACGAUGAUCCCUGGCUCGAAUCCAUACUCCGUCUACCAGUCAGCAUACCCCGCCUACUACCCUUACACAACAGCCGUCCCCGUUCCCCAGCAGCCGCCAGAGCCCUCCCCGCCCUCUCCCGUACCGCCUGCCAUCUCUCCCGCAGCCGCCUCUGAUGCCACCCGGCGCCUCGUCUCCAUCGAGCUCAAACGUGCCGGCUUCGAUGCAGCAGAACCCGACGCCGUCGUCCGUCUCGAGCACGAAGUCGUCGCCAUCGUCGAGGCCCUCUACCACCGUGCCCAUGAGUACGCCAAUCUUUCCAACCGUGCCGGGGCUGUUGCUACCGACUUGAUGCUCGCCUGCAAGGACUACGAGCUCGACGUGAAGGGUCUACGUGCACAGACUCGGAAAAGAAAUGCGGCGUCGCUCCCCGCACUGAUCCCGCCGUCCUCCCGCUCUCCCUCCCCUGAGCUUCUCCCAUCCGAUGACGACGAUGUCGGGUCAUCCGUCCCAUUCACGCUGCGCAAUCUCCCCACUUCGUUCCCCGAUCUCCCUCCGAAACAUACGUACCACCAGACCCCCCUUUCUCCGCCAAAAAAGGCAGCUUUGCCUUCGCUCGAGAAGAAGCUCAAGACGGCCGGGCUCGUGCAAGAGUCCCUGCGCAACCUCAUGCUUGCCACAGAGGACGCCUCGGGCCAGGGCCAGGAGGACGCGCAGCUACUUGGUCAUAUCGUGAAUUGGCAGAGCAGUACUCAUUCGAGGAAGAGGUGGAGAGUGGGGUCGUGAUGCAGCCAGCCUGCUGAUAUUAGCCAAAAAUAUCCGCCAUUUCGUUGUUCGAAAAGCGGGGAUAUUGGUAAUUGGUCGCAAGUUAAAAAAUCGAUUCAAAUCAAGGCUACCGCGCUAUGACCAUGUAGUUACUGAUAACUUACCUCCUCUCACUGGAGGCGAUUUCGUCGAGGAGAGGUAGCUAUGCUGUGAGUCCUAUGCAUGAACAGCAAACUGAGUAUGGUAAUCAAUACCAGUCUAUGUAUAUUCUGUCUACAAAGUGAAUCAUGACAAUGCAAUGUUUUCAAGCAAU